GCAAGGGAGAAUAAUAAUUAGCGUAUUUUGGGAUAUUUUCGCCGCGUGGAUUGAUAGAUAUGUCGACGCUCUUUCGCCGGAAGUCAAUCGGAAUCCACCGCUGCUUCUUCCUUCUACCCCUUUGAUUUUUGGUUGGGCUGUAGUAAUCUCAUACUCCUCAAAUCCUCUGCUCCAAUCUCGUUUUUUUUUUUUUUUCUUCUGUCUGGAUUCUGGCGGCGGCUUAGUAAAUCGGAAUUUGUGUGUGUAGUUUAGAAGUAGUUGUAGGUUUUUUAAUAAGCUUUCUGAUUUGAUGGAGCCUCGAGUCGGAAACAAGUUUCGGCUCGGAAAGAAGAUCGGCGGCGGAUCAUUCGGAGAGAUCUAUCUUGGUACCAAUAUCCAGACGAAUGAAGAAGUGGCUAUUAAACUUGAAAGCGUGAAAACUAAGCAUCCUCAGUUGCUGUAUGAAUCAAAAUUGUAUAAAGUAUUACAAGGAGGAACUGGCGUUCCAAACGUUAAAUGGUAUGGUGUUGAAGGGGACUAUAAUGUCCUCGUGAUAGACUUAUUGGGGCCUAGCCUUGAAGAUCUAUUCAAUUUCUGUAGUAGGAAACUCUCACUAAAGACUGUACUAAUGCUUGCAGAUCAAAUGAUCAAUCGCAUUGAGUUUGUCCAUCAGAAGUCAUUUCUACAUCGGGACAUCAAGCCCGACAACUUUCUGAUGGGUCUUGGGAGGCGCGCAAAUCAGGUAUAUGUCAUCGACUUUGGUCUGGCAAAGAAGUAUAGAGAUUCAAAUCAUCAACAUAUUCCUUACAGGGAAAACAAAAACUUGACUGGAACUGCUAGAUACGCUAGGAGGGAGACUUUACUUGUGUCUGUAAGCACACACUUAAAUAACAACAGAUAA